AUGUUAGUACAUGUAUUUGGCGCUAAAUCAUCUCCGGGAUGGGCCAACUACAGUUUGAAGGAUGUAGCAAAACGGUUAUCAGACAAGUAUGGCCAAGAUGCAUCAGAGUUUGUCCAAAACAACUUUUAUGUGGAUGACGGCUUGCAGUCAGUUGAGACAGCGGAUGAGGCAAUAGACCAAAUCCAGAGGACGGUAGCCAUGUUGAAGGUUUUGAAAGCUCUACCAGAUGAUUGCAUCGCAUCUAAUGUCAGCCAGAAGGACUUGAGUAAUCUACCCACAGAACGUACUUUGGGAAUAUUGUGGGACCCUACUCUCGACGUAUUUACAUUUGAAGGCAACAUGAAAGAGAAUCCUCCGACAAGAAGAGGCAUUCUAUCGACUGUGUCUGCUGUGUUUGAUCCACUUGGAUUAAUUGGUCCCUACAUUUUACAGGGGAAGCGAAUCCUCCAGAACGUCUGUGCAGAAGGAAAGGACUAG